AUGCCUCUAACGGUGUCACUGACAGCGCCAAAUGGUCGCAAGAUAGAACUGCCAACCGGACUCUUCAUUAACAAUGAAUGGGUCAUGGCCACGAAGAAAGGGACUAUCACAAGUAUUAACCCAGCGAAUGAGACAGAAAUUGCAUUUGUCCAAGCCGCUACGGCCGAGGAUGUCGACAUCGCUGUAAACGCAGCUCGAGCUGCUCUCGGGCAACCUGCUUGGGCAGACAUGCACUCCUCAACAAGGGGAGAGCUUCUUCGAAAAUUAAGCGAUCUCGUUGAAGAGAACAUCGAAGACCUAGCAACACUCGAAACGUGGGACGGUGGAAAGCCAUAUCUGGUCUCGCUGAAUGAGGAUCUGCCGGAAGUGGUCAGUUGUCUUCGAUAUUUUGCGGGGUUCGCCGACAAAAUCCAUGGCCAGGUUAUUGAGGGUGGUGCGAUCAAAUUUGCCUACACAGUACGAGAGCCGAUUGGCGUUUGUGGGCAGAUAAUCCCGUGGAAUUAUCCCCUGAUGAUGGUGGCUUGGAAGCUAGGACCGGCAUUGGCUUGCGGAAAUACCGUUGUUUUGAAACCUUCUGAACUUACCCCCCUCAGCAUUCUAUAUUUUGCGAACUUGAUAAGGAAGGCCGGCUUUCCUCCGGGCGUCAUCAAUAUUCUCAACGGCUGCGGGCACGAGGCAGGAACGGCGAUCGCGAACCACCAGGGGAUCGAUAAGAUUGCCUUCACAGGAAGCACGGCUACUGGACAAAGCGUGAUGAAAAUGGCGGCAUCAAACUUGAAAAACAUUACGCUGGAGACCGGUGGCAAAUCUCCGUUACUUGUGUUUAACGACGCAGAUCUUGACCAAACAGUGAAAUGGGCACACGUUGGUAUCAUGAGCAAUCAGGGCCAGAUUUGCUCCGGUACCAGUCGCAUUCUAGUAGAGAAAGGUGUGUACGAGCAGUUCAUCGCAGCGUUUAAGGGAUACACAAAAAAGGCAAGCAAAGUCGGCGAUCCGUUUCGUGAUGAUAUAAACCAAGGGCCGCAAAUCUCGAAGAUUCAAUAUGACAGAGUGCUAUCAUACAUUGAUUCUGGUGUCAAGCAAGGCGCUCGUCUAGUGCUCGGUGGAGCACCAGCGAAUGAGAAAGCUCCGGGCUUCUUCAUCCUUCCGACAAUCUUCGCCGACGUCACAGAUGAUAUGACAAUCUCUCAGGAGGAGAUUUUCGGACCCGUGGUUGUCAUUUCAGCAUUCGAGACUGAAGAAGAGGCCAUUAAAAAGGCAAACAAUUCACCAUAUGGCCUUGGAUGUGCAAUCUUCACGCAAAACCUUGAACGAAGCCAUAGAUUGGCCCGAAAGAUGGAAAGUGGGACGGUAUGGAUCAAUAGCAGCAAUGACAGUGACUCACGAACUCCAUUCGGGGGUGUCAAGCAGAGUGGAAUUGGGCGCGAACUUGGUGAAGCUGGACUGGCGGCAUAUUCUAGCAUCAAGUCUGUCCAUGUCAACAUAGGCGCGAAGUUGUAA